AUGAAAAGAAAUAUAAUAGUAUUAUUUUCAUUAUUUGUAUUUUUAUGUUUGGCUGUGAACACAGCUAAAGCAAUCGUUAUUGGUAUCGAUUUAGGCUCACAAACUUUUAAAGUAGCUGUUAUUGGACCAAAUAAAUUCGAAACUGUUUUAAAUGAUCAAUCAGGUAGAAAGACAAUUUCACAAGUUGGUUGGUUUAAAGAUGAAAGAAUUUUUUCAUCUGAUGCCUUUAAUACUUGGGCAAGAAACCCAAAACAAAUUUAUAAUUUAGUUCAACCAUUUUUAGGUACUGAGUAUCAAGAAGGUAUGGUCGAAAAAGUUGGUAAUGGAUUUUUAGGUUUUAAAGUAUCUAAUGAUACUGAAAGAAAUACAUUUGCAAUUCAAUACAAUGAUGAAGUCAAUUAUUCACCAGAAGAAUUAACAGCCAUGCUUUUAAAGAGAAUUAAAGACAUGGCAACUGCAUACAUUGGCUCAUCAGUUAAAGAUUGUGUUAUUACAAUCCCACCAUUCCUUAAUCAACAACAAAGACAAGCACUUUUAGAUGCCGCUGAUUUAGCUGGCUUAAAUGUUUUAUCAUUAAUUCAAGAUGUUAAUGCUGCUGCUCUUAGUUAUGCAGUUGAUCGUACCUUUAACGAUAAGAAUCAAACCGUUGUAUUUUAUGAUAUGGGUUCAAAAUAUACCAGAGUCUCUUUAGUUGAAUUUGAAUCACACGAUGAACCAAUCAAAGGAACUAAAAAAAAUAAAACUGUUUCAUCAGUUACAGUUAAAGCUAUUGAUUGGGAUGAAAAUUUAGGUGGUUAUGAUUUUGAUAUGGUUAUUGUUAAUUAUUUAAAGAGUUUAAUUAAAAAACAAAUCCCAUCAGCCAAUAUUGACGACGUUAAACUUACCAUCAAGUUAUUAAAGGAAGCAUCUAAAAUGAAAGAAAACCUUUCAGUCAAUCAACAAGCUCAUAUUUUCAUUGGUAGUUUAGUUGAUGAUAUUGAUUUCUCUGCCUCAAUUACCAAAAAAGAAUUUGAAGAAUUAUCAAAACCAUUAGUUAAAAGAGCCAUCGAACCAUUAAAAAGAUUAAUUGAAAGAUCUGGUAUUUCAUUAAAAUCAAUUGAUUAUUUCGAAGUUAUUGGUGGUGCUAUCAGAAUCCCAUCAGUUCAACAAGAAUUAAAAGAAUAUUUAAAGAGAGAUACUUUAGAUAAACAUUUAAAUGGUGAUGAAUCAAUGUCAAGUGGUGCAGCAUUUUAUGCAGCAAGUUUAACUCAUUACUUCAGAGUCAAAGAAAUCAAAUUCAAAGAUAUUUUACCAUAUCAAAUUGAUGCUGAAAUUAAUUACCAAAGUGUCAAUACCAACGAAGGAAUUGAAAACACUGAAGAUGCCGACAAUAAUGAAGACACAGCCACUACCACCCAAUCAAAAGAUAAAAAGAUUCAAUUAUUUAAAGCAAACUCUAAAAUGGGUAUUAAAAAGACAGUUUCAUUCACAACCGAAAAUGGCUUCUCACUUACUCUCAACAAUCCAACUAUAAAUAAAGGUAUUGCAGUCUACACCAUCGACUCACUCCCAACUCCAGGUGAAAAAUACAACUUUACUGGUAAACCAAAAGUACAUUGUGGCUUUAGAUUAACUUCAAGCGGUAUUGUAGUUUUAGAAAAAGCUGAAGCUGAAAUCACUGUUUCAUUAAUUAAACAACAACCAAAACCAACUAAAGAAACUAAAGAAACCAAAGAGAAAUCAAGCGAUGAUGCAGCCUCAGAAGAAAAACCAACUGAAGAACCAGUUAUCGAAGUUGAACCAGUCAUUGAAUACUAUCAAAAAACCAUCAGAGUACCAUUAUCCUAUACUGUUAAAAAUUUAGGUGUACAACCAAUCUCAUCUGAUCUUCAAAAAACAAUGAAAACCAGACUCGAUGGGUUAGAUACCGGCGAUAGAAUUUUAAGAGAAUUAAGACAAGAAAGAAACAAUUUAGAAUCAUUCAUCUAUGAAACCAGAGAUAAAGUAGAAUCAAAUGACGAAUACAUUUCAUGCUCUACCAAGGAAGAAAGAGAUGAACUUUUAGCUGAAUUAGAAAUUUCAUCCAGUUGGUUAUCAGACGCCCAAGAUGCCGACAAUCCAAACACUGAAGAAUACAAACAACAAUUAGCCGCAAUUAAAAAGAAAGCCGAUAAAAUCAUUAAUCGUGUCAAAGAAAGAAAUUUAAUUCCAACCGCUUUUGAUGAAUUAGAAGCUCUCAUUAAAAAAGUUACCGUCAUGUAUAACGACGUUUCAAAAGAUUUAAAUAUCACCGAAGAAGAACACAAAGAAACUUUACAAAAGAUUGAAACCAUUAGCAAAUGGGUAAAAGAAAAAAGAGGAGAAUUCAAGGCCGCUGAUUUAACAAAGAAUCUCCCAUUCUCAUCAUUCGAAAUUAAAUUCAAAUUAUACGAUUUAGAAAAAUCAAUGAAAGAAGUUUUAAAGAAAAAGAAAAAGCCAGUUAAGCCAACCACCACCAAAAAAGAUAAGAAAAAGCCAGCUAAAAAAGAAACAGAAGAAGAGCAAUCUGAAACCACUGAACAACAAAAAAAUCAAGAUGGUGCCUCAGAAGAUAAUAGAAAUGAACAAUUCAAAGAACAAAAUGAACAAAACGAACAAAACGAACAACAAUUUGAAGACGGAGCUUCAGAAGAAAACGAAGAUAAAAAAGAAUCAAAAAUCCAUGAUGAAUUAUAA